AUACAACCUCCGCCCACGAGACGGCGGCCGAAGCACCACCGAACCAAACCCCGGGGAAACCCUAGCAAGAGGAGAAGGGCGCGCAGCCAUGGCCAAGGGCAGCAAGAAGAAGAACAAGGCCAAGAAUGGCGGCGGCGCCGCCGCCAUGGACACCUCCGAGGGCGCGCCCGCCACAUCCACCGCCGCAGAAGCGCCCGAGCCGAUGGAUACGUCCGAGGGGAAGCAGCAGUCGUCGGCAUCCACUGCGCUCAGUUCGAUCAACAGGAAAAUAAAAAAGGGUGCACAAACCAAAAGGACCAAAAAUAUGAGGAAAAUGAAAGCAGUUGCCAGGGCUAUCUCUAAAACUGAAAUGUCGGAGGAGAAGGUUCUGAAAGACAAAAGCAAGAAGUCCAGGAUCCAAUCUGCCAAGUCUUUGUAUGAUUAGAGUUUCAACGGUUAGCAUUAUUUUUGGCACUGGUAUAUUUCUGCCCUGUAGAUCAACCAAAUAUAUGUCUUCCAGGAAACAUGGCUUGCCUCCAAAGAUUGUUAUUACUAGUUUCUUUACACCACUUGAAAGAUGACCUGUGAUGA